CGCUCUUUGCCGGUAAAGAGUCUUACAUCAAGAGCGCUCUGAAGAGUACUAUAGCUCGAUCACUGAUUUAUUUAUAUAGUUAGUCAGUUUGUUUAUUGAAUCGCGCGAUCGAAUCCGAAAGGAAAUCGUAGAGAAAGAACGCGACGGACACUUGUAGUUUACAAUUGUUUUUUUUUUCCGGUGUAUGAUGGCUUCGAGUGAUUAAUGUGGCAGUUCGAAGGAGUUCGCGAGGUUCAGUGAUUUUUCCAAUUUUGGAAUUCGCUCGACAUCUUUUUGUAGUGGGCCCUGGAGUCCAUGUCAGCAGGUGGCUACGGGGAAGGUCCCGUAGCAACGCCGGACCGUUCCGACCUGCACGGCCUGCUGCCUGAGCUCAAUGGCGUUGAGUUGGCGAUGAGCCUGAGUCCCAAACAUCAUCAGGGAAGCCAUCAAGUACUCAGUCAUCUGCAACAGCUGCAUCAUUCGACUCCGUUCAGUGUAACAGACAUUCUGAGCCCUAUAGAGGAAAGCUAUAGAAAGUUGGAGCUAGCGACCAACCCUCCUUCGCCUUAUAGAUCAACAUCCAGUGGUAGUAGCAUCAAUUCUCCCGGUGCAGGGGGUGGCGCCCUAAGCUCUAGCGGUUGUAGUAUGAACGGGGGUUAUCCAGUGAUGGGGCAGUUUGGCGGUGGCCAGUACUGCCCUGUAUCAGAAAAUCUAGGACUGGGCUCUCACUACUCGUCAGGAUGGUAUCAGACAUCAGCGGCAGAUCCUAGGUUUGCCAUAUCAAGAUUGAUGGGCACAACAGCUGCAUCAGCAAACAUGGGUCACGGCCUCAACGCAGGAAUGCCAGGUUUGGGCGCGUGCGCUGUAACCGAUUCGAAGCCCAUGCAGUUUCCCCUGGCACAAAGGCGAAAAAGGCGUGUCCUAUUCACGCAGGCACAGGUGUAUGAGUUGGAGAGGAGGUUCAAACAGCAGAAAUACCUUUCAGCGCCCGAAAGAGAACAUUUAGCAUCUUUGAUACAUCUCACUCCUACACAGGUGAAAAUAUGGUUCCAGAAUCACAGGUACAAGUGCAAAAGACAGGCCAAAGAAAAGGCGAUGGCCGAACAAAACCAACACAACCAGUCGUCCAGCUCACCCAGAAGAGUAGCAGUUCCAGUGCUCGUGAAAGACGGUAAACCGUGUUCUGCCGGCUCCGGUAACAACCAAACCACCUCAUCGUCCGUAGUUGACACCGGCAGAACACAACAGUCGCCAGCCUGCCAGAGUCAACAACAAGCCCAAUGCAUGGCCAACAGCAGCCUGUCAAUGGCCUACAGGCAGCAGGGCAACUACCAACAGCAGUGCGGUGGUACUUAUUUGCCGCUACAGACUAGAGCUUGGUAGUGAUACGAGCAGUUCGGAAUAGUUUACAGUAGUGAAGAUGUGUGACGAGUAGAGUGUCGUAGACGAACUAGUCUUGUGAUAGAGAUGCGCAGUCGUGGAUGAUUGAUGAAAUGAGGAUAUAGGACAAAUUGAUCUCCUUGGAUAACGAAAAUCGUUUAGCGAAAUUGAAAUUGCAGAGGAAUUAUGUGAAAAAGCUUAUUUAAGAUACGUUUUGAGGAAUUUAAUGAUAACAUCUCUUCGGUUCUGAGAAGGGAUGGAUGGGGAUGUGGAACAAAAUAUAGGUCAAAGAAAACUAUUAUAUCUUGUUUGAAGGGGUAUACUAUCAAAGCAAAAUUAAAGGACUAGAUUACCAUCAUGAAUCUUCUAAGGGAUGGUAACAUCAUUGUGGUGUAGAUUGUAAUCUAGGUCGAUAAUUCAACUUUUGAGAAUAUGCAUAUGCAUGGUUUUUAUCUCGGACAUUAAUGGGUGAUAUCAUACUCCCAAUUUCUUUCAACAAAUAUGAAAUACUUGAAGGCUGACAUAAGAAAUGAGAAUUGUGCUAAGUGAUGGAUCUCAUUUCAUUUCAUUAUUAUAUUCCUGUCAAUGGAAACUGUUAAGUAAUUUUUUAUAUUCGUAUUGACGGAAGAAAUAAAUUGCAAUUCUAUUCUUACUCUGUUCAGAAUAGUGGUUAUGGAAAAGAGUAGAACAAUAUUCUGAAAUUUUUAAAAAUUGAUCUUUUAGUCAAUUCUUCAUAAUUCGAAAUAUGCAACCAGAUUCAUCUGGUAACUAUAAGUUUAACACUAGUUGCCGGAAUGUCAAUUAUAUUUUAAUGGUCCAUUAACAUUUUAAUGGUCCAUUAAACGGCAUAUACACCGCGUUAUGGAGAAUUAAAGAUUUAAAGGAUCAUUAAAUUAUAAUUGUCUUUCGCGCAACUGGGUGUUAGAGCAAUUAUUACCUAAAAUCGAGGCAAAUUUAUUUCAAUAUUAUUUAUACUGAUUGAUUAAUUAUCAAGAUUUUUGUUGUUUCAAGUUGGGGGACACGUUUGUAUCAUAUAAAUAUUAUGAAACGUGUUUUAUUUUAUCUAGUUUUGUUUCAUCUCUCCAUUUUUAUUCUCUAAGGAGUUGAGGUUGAGGCUUUGACUCUUAUCCUCGAAGGGAUUUAUCGAUAUGAAUCAUGUGAACGAGAUAGAAAUUUGAAAGCGAGAGUGCAAUGAUUAGAAGACAAAGAUUUCACUUUGUAUAAAUAAAUUUUUCGCAAAGUAGUGAACAAAUGUUAUGAUAUGUAAUAUAAUUUUUAUCCAAUGUAUGUAGAUUUUUUUUAUUUUGUACAAAUUAUUCAUUAAUGUAUAUAAUGAUUAGUGUAUUAGAUAUAUUUCGAAAUGGAAAUCGAAUAUUAUUCCAGAGAAUCUCACCGUGUACAUAUUACUAGUAUAUCGAGUUGCACAAUUAUGUAACAUGUGUGUUUAUAAUUAUUACCAUCGAAUAAAAGUUUGAGUUUGAA